GAUGUGAUCAUAUAUUGGAGGAAACGCAGCGAGAAGAGGGUGUCACUUUGCGGCUGCAGCAGUUUCGCUUGUUUGGUCAGCUGAGCAGUGAACUUGCACAAAAUACGGAGUGCGCGAACGGCUCAUAAUUAGCCAUGAUGUCCAUGCACAAGCCUCCGUUAACCAGAAGUGGCUCCUCGCCCUCGUCAGUUGACUCCACCAAUCGCAGUGGCCCUUCCAUAGCCCCGCCUACAUCUUUAAACCUCCGCACCUCCCACAACCAGUCACUGGCUCAUGAGGUCAUAAAGGAGGGCGUGGCGACCACGGAUACCAACGGUCCCUCUGCGGCUCCCCCGAAGAGCCGACACAGGAACUCCACGAGUAGCCUGCACAGUGCCGUGGGAGCGAGCGACCACCUUCCGAACUUCGGCCUGGGCAGAGGAGGGCGGGCGGCCCCAACCAAGUCCGCCUCAUCCACCUCCCUGACCUCCAUGUCGUCACUCUCACUUUCCACCUCCAACCCCAAGCUGGCCAAGAACGGCACCAACCUCCAGCUGAAGGCGGAGGAGCAGCACGACUUCAACAAGAACCAAAGGCCCAGCAACGUCAUGGUGAGAAGGAGCAGCUCCGAUUGGCUGGAGGGAAAAGACAAUCAAAACUGCGCGCCAAUGAGGAGGCGCACCAAGAGCUUCCUGGACUACCGCCGGGAGGAGCCUCCUGUGUGCUUCAACGAGAAACAGGAGAAGGAAGAAGAAGAGGCGGAGGAGGAGGACGAGGUGGAGGAGAAGGAGGAGGAGACCGAGAAGCCUCUGCUGCCUAAACUGGACCAGCAGGACUGGGUGAAGGAGAACAGGGUGGAGGUGCACCUCACCCUGCCCCAGAACCACCUCCUGCUGGCCAAGGAGGAGGAGGAGGAGAGCCCCACCCAGGCCCAGCUGAAGGGGUUGAAGGGGAGCUUCAGCUACGACCACAAGCCAAAGAAGGAGCCACUCGCAAGGGGCAAUGAGAUCCGGGUGGAGCUGCACGCCAACAACCAGGCGCCCCUCCGGACCAGCCUGUCCCCCCGACACCACCCGUACUCCUCUAGGGUGGGGGCCCUCUCAGCCAGGCAGGAGGAGGAGGAGGUGGAGGAGGAGGAGGACGGUGAGGAGGACUCGAGCUGGACCACGCUCUCACAGGAGAGUCCAUCUGUAGAAACGCCACAGGAGACUGGAGUAUGGAAUGAUGGUGAGCUACCUCCAGGGUGGCGUGAGGUGGAGGAUUUGGCAGAGGUCUAUUUCUGGCACGUCCCCUCGGGUACCACUCAACGCGAGCGCCCUGUGUCUAAUGGCAGUGCCAAGCCCGAGCCAGACCCCGCGCAGGAGGGCACCGACGCCGCCUGCCUCCCCAUCCCUCCGAACAACUCACAGAGCGAGCGUCCGAGCAGCAUUGUGUCCGAUAGCUCUGUGGAGCCAGUGCCUUCGUCCUCCGCCUCCUCGCCCUCCAACUCCUCCAUCUCCUACGACAUGGUGAUGCCCGUCGGAGGCUUCCUCAACAACAACUACCUGAGCAUCAGGGAAGAGUGUGCCCAUCAGGAUGCUAAUCUGCGGCAGCCUGAGAGAGGAAGUGCUCAUGUGAAGCUGCGAGCAAGGGUCCUCCCCGAGUCAGUCCCCUCCCCCAGGACCAGCAUUGACCUGGACUCUCAGGUGUUCCCUGUGUGUUCUCUGGGCUGGCUGGAGGUCUCAGACACUGAUAUGGUGACCGGUAGGAGCAGUGUCGUGGUCAGUGACUGCAUCAGACAAUUGCAGCUCCGCUCCCGAGAGAGAGACACCAUUGGAGAGAGAGAAGAGGGCAAGCCCAUGCUCUUGGUCCUCCAGGAUGUAACGCUGACCCUGGUUGACCCGACAGACCACACACUGCUGCACUCGCAGCCCAUCAGCUGCAUCCGGGUGUGGGGAGUGGGCCGAGACCACAGCAGAGAUUUUGCGUACGUGGCGAGAGACAAGAACACGCGCGUUCUGAAAUGCCACGUAUUCCGAUGUGACGCCCCUGCCGAAUCCAUCGCCACCAGCCUCCAUCGAAUCUGCUCCAAGAUUAUGGCUGAAAGGAAGAAUGCCAAAGCUGUAGCAGGCAGCUCCUCCAACUCCAGCACUGACGUGCCCCUCCAAGUAGAGUUCCCCACACCAAAGACAGAACUGGAACAGAAGUUCCAUGUGCUCUACCUGGGAACAACAUCCGCUAUCCGGCCCAUAGGUAUGGACAUGAUUAAUGGGGCCAUCGACACCCUGCUCUCCUCGACUGGGAAAGAGGACUGGACGCCCGUCAUCCUCAAUGUGGAGGACGCUACCGUGAGCGUCAUCAAAGAGAAGGAAGAGGAAGAGGAGGUGCUGGUGGAAUGCCGCGUGCGUUUCCUGUCCUUCAUGGGCGUGGGCCGCGACGUGCACACCUUCGCCUUCAUCAUGGACACGGGCAACCAGCACUUCCAGUGCCACGUGUUCUGGUGCGAGCCCAACGCCGCGUGCGUGUCCGAGGCCGUCCAGUCUGCCUGUGUGCUGCGCUAUCAGAAGUGUCUGGUGGCACGCUCCCCCACACAGAGGGCAGGCUGCUCCUCGCCGCCACCGCCCGGCUCCGUGACCCGCCGCGUCACCACCAGCGUCAAGCGCGGCGUCCAGUCCCUCAUAGACACUCUCAAACAGAAGAAGCCCAGCCCCGAGCUGCCCAACCAAUAACGGGAGGAGGACAGGCUGGACCGCGGCCCACUGGCCAGCCCAGUCCAUCCACCAUCAGCACAGCCGCGACCGGAGUGGGUGGGGGGGAAUAUGGGGAUGAAAUAUGAGGACUCACACACAUGUGAAACUGUUAAAUGUAUAUAAUCUUACUAACAAAUGACUGUGCAGCCCUGAGAGUGACAUCUACUACUACUACAAAAAAAAAGGAGAGAAAAGUGAAAGAUUUAAAAAAAAAAAAAGGAAAAGAAAAACAAGCUGCCACACGGUUGCCGUUACUCCACAGCCUUUCACCUUUGACCUCUUCACGUGGUCAGCGCGCUGCCUGAAGCAUGCCCCGUCUUUUAGCCACGCUCCAAAGUCCAACACGCGCCCGCCCCCAACGAAACGAGAGGAAAAAACGAUGAACAAAAACCAAGGGCCCCACAUGGACGUUUCUGGAACAAUGGAUUGUAGACCGGCCAGAACUUCUAUGCAGCGCAACUGUUCUGACCAGCGGCAAAGUCAAAGUCACUCUCCACCACUCUGUCCUGUGACCGUUUCCUUUUUCCAGAACUUGUGGGAUUUCUCUCGGUGUGUGUGUGUGUGUGUGUGUUCUUGAGACGCAGGACAAGGGCCAGCGCUGCAGUGUGCCCUCAUUUACUUGUGCCAUACUGUGUGUCAACGCAGGCAGGAGCGCACCUUCAUGUUAAAAUAUAUAUAUAUAAAUCUGUGUGUGUGUGUGUGUGUGUGAGUGAGCGAGAGAGAGAGAGAGAGAGAGAGAGAGAGAGAGUGUGUGUGUGUGUCUGUCUGUGUUAAUACUAUGUCACCGAGGAUGAAACGCGCUGAGAGCAAAAAGCUAAAGUGUACACAGGCAAGAUCAAGGCGUUCCAACACGCCUCAGAGCUAUGAUUCACGCUGUACUAACUAGGAAUGACUGACUAUUCUAUAGGAACAAGCAUAAAAGCAGAACAAUUGUGUCCCUUUUGCAGUCUUUCUGUUCGGAUGAGGGAAGCUCCGAGACUAUUCUCAGCGCUGGGAUUCAACGUGGAAUGGCAUUGAUUGAUAUGUUUGAUAUAUCUGAAUGUGGGAACAGCAGGAAGAGGAAUCUACUGCAUAUGUGUGUGUGUAAAGAUUUAAAGGUGUGCGCAUUUGUCACUAUUCACCUCCACACACACACACACACACACACACACACACCCCUCGAAAGGAGUCACCAUCAUCUCACACAUACACAGACACACAAACACACACAAUCUAACGCAGCUGUCUGUGGGGAAGACUAGCCCCCACACCCCCUCCAGUUAUAGGAGAGCAACCUCACUCACCAAUUCAGAGCAAGCUCCUAUCUACCGCGUCUAAGCACCUUUUAAACCUCCCUGUAUGUUAAGAGAACAAAAAUAUGAAUGUGAUUUCUACAACCAAACUAAGCUCAACUUAUUCACAAACUGACCAGCUGAAACAAAGGAAAAUAUGAAAAAAAAAAAAAAAACAUUGACAUUUCUUCUGUUAUUGCUCAUUUUUACACCAUAGUAAUGUAAUCCAUUGUGAGAAUAAAGGCAUUUAAAGACAA